GGAAGUGGCCGGUACUAUUUUCUAACUUUCAUUUUGUCUGUUGGGUGAUACAGCAGAAAAUACAAGAUUCACAGCUUUUCAGAAGUAUCUGCGCUGCUUACUGGAAAACCUGUUUUUGCUCCUGCACUUUUUCUGGAAAAGUUUGAAGCUUCUGUUCUGCCUGGUUGUGGCUGUGAGUGAAUAUGGCAAGUGAAAGUCAAGAUGUGGAUAAAGAGUUUGAAGAUUGGAAAAAAGAACAUGGGAAGAAGUACAAAUCCAAGGAGGAGGAAGCCAAGCGCAAGAAGAUCUGGCUAGGGAGUAGGACCUUGGUCAUAGAACACAACAAGAAAUAUGACAGCGGAGAGUCAACCUUCCAAUGUGGCAUGAACCACAUGUCUGACUUGGAACAACAUGAGGUCUGCUGUGGUGGCAUAAUGAGCUGUCGGGAAGAGAAGAAUGAUAGUUAGGUCUCAAAGGUUCUGUCUUCCUGCUUUCUCACAUAGGAACAACACGAGGUAUGUGGCUAGCUCCAAAUACUUUACAACGAGGACAUUGUAAUAUUAAGGAAAUAUACAACAAAGAAGAAAUAAAUAGUUUACAAAACCUUUGAACUUUUGAAUUUCAUUUACAGUAAAUAAAGUUGUAAGGCAACUUUA